GCUCAAUAUCAAAGAUAACAGAUAGCAGCAUACAACUCUCCGCAAAACAUUCUCAUUUCUAGCACAACUAUUAUUAUUAAUUUCUUAUGAGUUCAUAUCAUUUUUAUCAUGGUAUCAGAGACUAAAUCCAGAAAAUAAAAUCCACUCUUGUAUCUAUCUCCCACAAUUUCUUUUCAUAAAGCCAUGGCGGUCGAUGAUGAGACCAAAACCAUUGCCAAUAAACCCGAAGAUAUAGUCAUAGAUGUUAUGUCACCUUAUUUCAUUCACUCCGGAGAUAAACCCGGAGAUGUGUACGUUCUUACCACAACCCUUCGAGAUGGAAACUAUGGAGAUUGGCUCGAUGAGAUGAGCAAUGCGCUUUAUGCAAAAAACAAGUUCGGCUUCGUGAAUGGUGAUAUUCCGAUGCCCAAGUUUGAUUCACCAUACCUCCCAUAUUGGCAACGAGCGAAUGCCAUGGUUAAGGCGUGGUUGAAUAGUAGCAUGGAAAUUGAACUUAGACAAAGUGUGAAGUUCAAAACGGCACGCGAAAUUUGGAUUGAUUUGAAAGAGAGAUUCGAGAAAGAGAGUGCUCCACGAGCUUAUGAGCUUCGAUGUUCCCUUGGUUCAAUCAGACAAAAUGGGCAGUCCAUUUCUGCCUACUUUAGCCAACUACGCCGCAUAUGGGAUGAAAUGUCCUCUAUCAAUGUUCAACCCAAUUGUGCUUGUGGUGGGUAUUCCUGUAACAUCUCUAAGCAGGUAACUGAGUCCCGUGAUAGGGACCAUCUUUAUGAUUUUUUGAUGGGUCUUGACGACGUUUACGGAAACUUGAAAUCUUAAAUCUUGGCCACAAGGCCGGUUCCUACACUCACUGCUUCAUAUCAUCUUAUUUCGGAAAGUGAGCACCACCGAUCUAUUGCAUCCAACCGCAAACCAGGAGUUGAUGGCACGACAUUUUACACACAUCCAAAAAGGGACACCAUCAUCGAUCGCCGCUCAAGCAUAAAGGAAGGCAGAUCUUGUACUCAUUGUGGAAGAACUAAUCACACGUAUGAUAGUUGCUUUGAGAGGAUCGGUUACCCACCCAAUUGGAACCUUAGAAAUAAGGAUAAUAAGAUUGGUGGAGGAGUGGCCCCAUAUCAACGUAACAACGUGAUACAAGGAGCACGCAGGGAGAAUAAUCAAGGACGUAGGCUGGCACCUCCUAAAGCAGCCCAUGUGGAUGUCAAGACCAAUUCUGAUAUUGGUCUCUCUCAAGAUCAAUUGCAUAGGCUGGCAAAAUUUAUGAAAACUGAACUACAGGACCAAGGGCAGUCCUCGUCUUCUUCUGAUGUUCAAAUAAACAUGGCAGGUAUUUUUCUACAGGGUCAUCCUUGGAUAAUUGAUUCGGGAGCAAGUGAACACAUCACUCGUAACAAUUAUGAUCUCAUUGAUGUUCAAACCCAUACUUCAAUACCAUCUGUGAAAAUUCCAAACGGCGAUUCAACAUCGGUUCAAGCUAUGGGUAGCUUGCGGUUAUCCAAUGGAUUCCAUCUUCAACGAGUUUUAUACAUACCAAAGUUCCACUGCAACCUACUCUCUGUAAAUCGCCUCAUAAGCGAUUUAAAUUGUGAAAUAACAUUUAUUAAUGAUUUGUGCAUUUUGCAGGAAUUACCAUCGAAGAAGCUGAUUGGGGUAGGUCAAUGUCGUGAUGGUCUAUAUUAUUUAGACUUACCAAAAGAUGGUGGGGUGGCAAUGUCGGUCUCACCUCAUCUUGAUUUAUGGCAUCAACGUUUGGGACAUGCAUCAGACAACAAAUUACAUCAUAUCUCUUUUCUCCGAGGACUAGGACGGAGCAAUAAUUUAUGCGAUUCAUGCAUACGGGCUAAACAGACUCGUUUACCUUUCCCUAAUAGUGCUAUUAAAUCAACACAUUGUUUUGAAUUAAUACACUGUGAUAUAUGGGGAGGAUAUAAAAUUGAGUCAAUUUCUGGUGCACGUUAUUUUUUGACCAUAUUCGAUGAUUUCACUCGAGCUGUCUGGGUCUACCUAAUUAAAAAUAAGUCUGAGGUUCCCCUGAUUUUGAUUCAAUUUUUCAACAUGGUGAAUACACAAUUUGAACAAAAGGUUAAACGAUUAAGGGCUGACAAUGGUGCCGAGUUUCAGACUAAUGCAUUGUCUGACUACUAUAGGCAAAAUGGAAUAUUAUUGGAGACAUCUUGCACUGACACACCACAACAAAAUGGUGUUGUUGAACGCAAACACAGACAUAUUUUAGAAGUUGCUCGAGCUCUCCGCUUUCAGUCUGGACUGCCUAUUAAUUUUUGGGGAGAAUGUAUUCUCACCACCGUGUAUAUUAUUAAUAGGCUUCCUUCUCCUAUCAUCUCCAAUUAAAGUCCUUACGAGAUGUUACUAAAAAAUACACCAAAUUAUGAUCAUUUGCGCGUAUUUGGGUGCUUAGUAUACGCACAUAACAAUAAACAAAAGGACAAAUUUGGUUACCCGAAUGGGCAAAAGGCUUACCGGGUCUUUGAUUUACAGAAACGUUGCAUAUACAACUCCAGGGAUGUAUCUUUUUUUGAAGAUUUUUUUUCCUUUUAAAAUUCAACUCAAGGAUGAACUUGAUUUUGGAGGCAUAAUUGAUCAGGUCUACGGCAAUAUUACAAAAAUCAAUUCUGAAGCCGCCCACUCGAAUUUCCCAUGCCAGGUUCCUGCACUACGUUCUCAAAACAGCGAGCCACUCUCACAAACAUCCAAAAAUGUUGGCCCCAUAAUUACAUAUGUGAUUUGCGAAAAGGAGACUCCUCAAUUUGUUCAAUCACAGUUCCACAAUCACUCAUCUGGACGGCAGCAAUCUGAAAAUAUCGACUCGGACCCACUCUUAAGUCGGCAUAUUGCUCUCUUGGAUACAGACACUCCGGGUAGUCACAUCCAGCCUGAAAAUGAACAUGCAGUUUUUGAUAUUUCUGUACAGCCUAUUAAUAUCUGUGACAGAUUACCAGUUGACUCAUACCCCCCAACACAUUUGAGUGACACGCCUCCAAUUAUUCAACCUUCUCGUACUGCUGAAAAUGUGCCACUUGCCAUCCCAAUUCUGAGUGGAACCAAUGCAUCUCACAAUCAGCCGAAACGAAGUGAAAGACUACGGAAAAUUCCAAAACGUCUAGCGGAAUAUGAUACUGACUUGCCACCCUCCAUCCGUCACGACCCACCGCCAAUCACGCUGACUCUACGCUAUAUCCAUUUCACAUUUCAUUAAUUAUGAUAAAUUUUCUCCAACUCAUAAAGUGUACUUAGCGGCCAUCACUGCCCGUGAUGAGCCUAAACAUUUCUCCCAUGCAGUACAAGAUCCCUUAUGGAGAAAAUAACACUUGGACACUUGUCCACUUACCACCAGGAAAAAAAAGCAAUUGAUUCUAAAUGGGUUUACAAAAUUAAAUAUCAACCCAAUGGAGACGUAGAACGUUACAAAGCCAGAUUGGUAGCUAAAGGUUUUACUCAGGUUGAAGGAAUUGAUUUUCAUGAGACUUUUGCUCCAGUCGCCAAGCUUGUCACAGUACGGUGUAUGUUGGCCGUUGCCGCCAAACAAAAUUGGGUCGUUCACCAACUGGAUGUGAAUAAUGCGUUCCUACACGGAGACCUUGAUGAGGAUGUAUACAUGCGUUUACCUCAGGGUUUUGUCAGAAAAGGUGAUACACGCGUGUGCAAAUUACAGAAAUCUCUAUAUGGACUCUGCCAAGCUUCCCGUAAUUGGUAUCACAAAUUCACACAUGCAUUAGUCAAAGUUGAUUUUCGUCAGAGUAAGGCAGACCACUCCCUAUUCAUAUUUCAGCACGACAUCAUCAACACUUUUGCCCUUAUUUACGUGGAUGAUGUCAUCUUGGCCGGUAAUAAUAUCUCUCAUAUUAACACCGUCAAAGCUUACUUGGAUAACAAAUUUAGCAUCAAGGAUUUGGGGAAGUUAAAAUACUUUCUUGGCAUAGAGGUCGCUCGUUCCUCUGAAGGGUUUGUUUUAAGUCAACGGAAAUACACUCGUGACAUCUUGGAGGAAUGUGGCAUUCUUGCGGGACGACCUAGUUUAUUUCCCAUGGAACAAAAUUUAAAACUACGUCCAGAUGAUGGUAGUCCACUUGUUGAUGCUCCUUCCUAUCGAAGAUUAAUAGGACGCCUAUUAUAUCUCACUGUCACUCGACCAGACAUCGUAUAUUCAGUCAGCCAGCCUAGUCAGUUUCUUGCCACCCCGCAACAAACCCAUCUUGAUGCGGCCACUCGCAUUCUUCGCAUUUUUAUCACAUGAAGAUCGAAUUUUUUGAAACAUUUUGUUCCUUAUUAAUUUUUUCCUCCAAUGGGAUUACUGUUUGAACUGACGAGAGAUUGGUAGAAGUAUUGUUGAGAUCUAUAGCCUCAUAUGGCAAAACACUUGGUCAAAAAGGCGGAAUCUCCCACCCAGGAGCCCCCCAUACCCCGACCCGACAAGAUUUUUGGGAGGAUGUUAAUCACGGUGACUCAGUCGGUCCAAUGAUGGUGGACCUUUUUCCCGUGCGCACCAGAGGCCCAGCCUUAUUUCAAGUUCUGUGACCUUCACACGGCCGCUGCGGGUUUCGAACCUUGGUCACUUGGUCCAAAUUUCCCACCACUGAACCAACUGAGCUACCCGUGCGGGUUCAAAUGGCAAAACACUACACUACUUUUGGGAUGUUUGGAUUAUAAAUUCAAGAUUAUGAGAUGUAGAGGCCGUUUGGCAACCUUUUUUUGCUGCUUAUCAGGCUUAUCAGACAAUUUUUUUACCAAACACGUAAUUUUUUGCUUUCACGCGCUAAAUUGUGUAAUAAGCUGAAAAAGUAAGGUUAGAGUUACUUUUCUGGCUGUAUUGGCUGAAGUAACUGUUGUAGAUGACCAUUUUAGUUAUUUUUACAUAUAUUUUUUUCUUUAUUUUAUUAUUAAAAUAUAUAUAUUUUUUUUAAAUCAGCAGAGUCGGCCAAUGCAGCCAUUUCAGCCAUAACUUUAUAAAUUUCAGCAGAAUCACUCAAAUCAGCCGAUUUUCAUGCUACCAAACGGGCUUGUAAGCAUUUUAGAGGCACAUGGAGAAAUCAUCUAAACUCUCUAUUAUGUCAAAAUUAGAGGGAAGUGCUUAACGGUCAAACUUGGACUGAAUUAGCAAUUGUUUGCGAUUACUUCUGUAUUAAAAAAUGAUUUUCUGAAGUUAUCUUAGAGAAAGUGCUUAAUAGUAAUAAUUAAUAAUGUUUGAGAAAAAAAGUGAUUUUGAAAAAGUAAAAGUGGAUUAAAUAAUUACUUUUUGUGUAAUAUAAAAAGUUAAAAGCACUAUUAAAGAACCCAUCAACCUGCUCCCAGAUUAAACUUUUAAGUGCUUAAUUUCAAUAGAAACCGUAACUUGAAAACAUUCAUUUUAGCUUUUUUUAAGUCACAAGCUGAAAAACGUUUUUUUUACUCUUUUGUAAACACUCCCUUAGUCCUCACUUGCUCUAGCGAAGUAGCAACUACAAGUGGCAUUAGGCCACGGCGGGUUAAGGUUAACUGCCGGUUGUCCCUCAUCCGGAUGUAUACUUUUUUGGGUAGCUCUUCCGUGCAUGCACAUUGUGGAACGUUUAGAGCAUCUCCAGU